AUGCAACAAAGUGAAAAAGCCUGUGAGGAAGUGAUGUGUGUGAGGCAGCAGAGCCUGAUGCAGCAGGCCUUUGCUCACAAGAGGGGUUAUGGUGAUGCUGUGAGCAGCACGGACACCUCCCAGUGGUCCUCUCCCUCCAGACUGUGCUGUGACUCUAGUUCUCCACACCACUCAUCUGAGUUUGAAGACCAAACUGACUCAUGUGCAUACAAAACCCCAGGAGCCAAGUCAUCAGACAAGUCUAAAAAAGCACAAAAGGCCCCCAAGCAGAAGACAAACUACACUGCAAACCAUCAACUGCCAAAGUUGCCUCCGAUCAAGCCCCUGCACGUGUCAAAGCCAAGGAUCCAGUCUGCCAACUUGAACUGCAUCAGUGAGCUGAAGAGCCAGGUGUGGGAUCUGCAGCAUCAGCUGAGUGAGGCCAAGAGAGAAAACAAACUGCUGAACAGGCUCCAGCACCGCCACACGGUGGCACUGCAGCAUUUCCAAGACUCAGAGGGCAGCAUAUCACAGAUCCUAACCAAGCACAACAACGAGGUCCGAGUCCUGCAGGGGUUGAUUCGUGAGACCCGCACAUGCCGUGACAACCUGGCUAGACAGCUACAGGCCACAGAAAACAAGUUGUUAAAUGCUACAGCCAGUCUGCAGCGCCUGCAGCUGCUCAACCAUGAUCACAACCUGCUGGAGAGGGAAGAGCUCAGCCUCAGGAUGGCCAAGGCCACUGCCAAGCUGGAGGAGAAGGACAAGAUGAUACUGGACUUAAAGAGGAAUCUUGAGUUGUGCCAAGCUUCAUUCAAUCACCAAAUAACCACUGAACAUAGAAAGACCAGCGAGGCGAGAAAGAUGUCUGGCAAUCUGCAAGAGCAGAUAUAUCAAUUAACUACGGAAGUCCAAGAUAGAGAGAGAGAGCUGGAAAAACACAAUAUUUACUCCCACAGAUUCCUAAAAAGGUCUAACCAAAAAGGAAGGGAAAGUAAGAUGGUUCAAACAGAUGGAUUAGUCCCUUUGAAGUUACAGCAUUCUGAGACUGAAGAGAGGCUGGAAGACCAGGAGAGCUGUGUGAACAUGGAGUCUUUUACUAUCGAAUAUCUGGAGUCAGAGGUUUCAGUUAAUGUCAUGUCAGAAGAAAAUCACGUAGAGGAAACUGAGACUGAGAGAUGUGCAGACUCUGUUGAGCAGAAAGGUUGCUCAGAAGAAAACCCAGAGUGUCAAAGUGAGGAACACUGUACUGAAAAAAAAGAAGGAACAGACAUCCCACAGGAGUCAGAAGAAGAGCACCCAAAGGAACGUGGAAGCCAGGUGUCUGAUAUUUUGGAGGAAACUCUGAAUACAACUGAACCUAAAGGCAAUGGGUACAAGCUGUCCAAAACCAAAUGCAACUACACUUUCAAACAUUCUAUUGAGAACCUGCACAAUGGAAAACCCACCUGCAGCAGUGUGGACACACCAGUGUGA